UGUGAGCUGCGGCUGCAUGACAGAAGGGUGUGAAAACUGAGAAAAAGCUUUUCCUGCUUCUCACACUCUUAACUCCCGCUGUUGCCACGUCUUGCUGCACCUUCACCGUCUCAGACGCGCACUGGUUGCCUGCCCCAGAGGCGACAUGGAGCAGGAGGGGAUGCUGGUCCAGUCCGUGUACUACGGCAGAAUUGGAAGCGAGGCCACGGAGAGGCUGCUGGAGAGGUUUGGACGCGACGGCAGCUUUCUGCUGAGAGACAGCGACACCAUGCAGGGGGCCUACUGUCUGUGUGUGAGGAAGACGCCGUUUGUGCACACAUACAGGCUCGUGGGCUCCGCCGACGGCUGGUGUCUUGAGAAUUCAGGAGUCGGGCAGCAGAGAUUUAGGACACUGGAAACACUCAUAGAGAGCUGCAGAACGGGCACGGCCUCCGGUGUCAGAACAGUUCCCCUCUUAGAUCCACUGGACAGAACCCAGAUACAAGCUGUGAAAUGUCUUUCGUAACUCAUGAGCUGCUCGCUCGACUCUCACACAGCUCCAGCUGUUUCCUCUGCAGAGUUUGCCUACAUGGAAAUGAGCAGCAGCAGCAGCGGCUCUGUCACUUGAGACUGGGCCUCUGGAGUGGCAGACCAACGCUGCUGAUCAGGUGGACAGACUGAAGAUGAGAGAGGGGGCAUAUCAAGGAUCUGCAUGUAUUCUAACAUACUGUCUUUUUCAUGAAUUAUACUGUAUAUAUAUAUAUGGCCGAUAUAUACAAACAGCUUGUGUCUUUGGUCAGUUUUUCUCUCGUGGGACAGAGGUAAUGUGGGAUUUACCGCAGGACUUAUGUAAAGACAAGAGUUAGGAUGUAUGGAUGUGACGCUGUAUAUUACAAUGCAAUACGUAGUGUAUAUUAACACAACUGCGUCUGUGUAUACAGUGUAUCAUUUGUUGCUUAACUCUCGUUUCGUGGCUUUCGGCACCAAUAAAAGCUUAAGACGU